AACAUUGUUGUGCGGACAACAUGGCAGUACCAAAUAUUGUGCAUUAUAUUUGGUUUGGACUAUCUCAAAGGUUCGAUUUUUAUGGCUUCCUAAGUUUUAUAAGUGUUUUACGUUUUGUAAAGCCGUGUAUAAUAUUAGUCCACGGAGACAAUUUACCACGUGGUUCAUAUUGGAAGUUUAUUUUAUAUAUCUACCCAAAAAUUAUUCAUGUAAAACGAUCAGUUGAAAUAGACGUUAUUUUUGGGAAGAAACCAUGUCAUGUAAACCACUUUAGUGAUCUAUUUAGAAUAGAAGCUUUGUUAAAGUAUGGCGGUAUAUAUUUUGACAUGGAUAUGGUUCUUGUGAAGGAAAUAGAUUUUCUACGAAAAUAUCCAUGCACAAUGUCUCGACUACGGCUUAAUACUAUUGGUUCAUCUUUCAUAAUGGCGGAGAAGAAUUCUUCAUUCCUCCAAAAAUGGUUGGACGGAUAUAAAUACCAUUAUAGGAAUAGUUCAUACAUGUAUAAUGCUAUGAAAUAUCCAAAUUUACUGUCGAACAAUUAUUCCAAUUUGAUUCACAUAGAAUAUGAGACAUUGUCUAGGCCAUGGGCACUUCAUGCUGAAAAAGUUUACUUAAAUAUACCGUACAAUUGGUCAGAACUAUUGGGAAUUCAUUUUUACAGCAGGAGGCAUACGGCGCCCGUAGAUAAAAAUAUCAUUAAGCAAUUAAAUACAACGUUUGGAGCUAUAGCGCGGCAUAUUUUAUAUGGCAAUAAAGAACUAUGUUCAGACUGAUAUCGUUUAAUCUUUCUUUAGAGAGGUACAGUAUCAAUGUUAAACGUAAAACAAACUGGGUAUAUAACUACAAUUCUCAAGAUAUUUCUAUCAUCAUUUAGUUUAUACGAAUUUAUUUUAGUUUGAUUGUUUGGAAACUAUAAGCACAUUGAAACAC